AUGGGGUCCGACGUGCGACUGUGGGCGCUCGUGUCGGCGAACUCAACCAAGACUGCGGUGGGAUUUGUGUGGGCGAAAGUUUCGAGUCGUUGCAAACAUUGCUCGGGGUCAGAGCUCACAAAGACUGCACACGGUCAGACAGAAGAUGCACGAGGAGGGAAAGCGGCGCACCUGAUUCAAAAUUGCCUACAUCCUCGUCGAGGAGCUUGCGCACAUUUUGAUAGACGUGCGCGAGCGGGUCGCGCAAUGCGCGCUCGCCGGGUGUCAGCGCCGGAGGCUGCGCUGCAGUGUAGAGCUCGCAGACAUGGUGUGCGCUGCCUGGGCAGUAGUAGACGACCCGACAAGAACGCUCAUCGUUCGCUUCCAUCUGUUUUGCGCCGGGCACGCGAGCUGGUCGCACGAGUCGCCGCAGGUCGAGUUGGUGGUAGGCGGGUCAUAGGAAGCGGCAGUGCGCUGGCGGGAGGAUGA